AUGGACAACUCCACUACGAACCUGUACGUGGGGAACAUCGACCCUCGCGUCACACGUGAACAGCUCUACGAGUUGUUCGUCCAAGCAUGCCCCGUCGUGUCGCUCCGCUACCCACGUGACAAGGUGCUGCAGACGCCACAAGGCUACGCCUUCGUCGGCGUCCCCAGCGUGCAGGACGCGGACUACGCGGUGCAACUGCUGCACAACUGCGUCACGCUGCACGGCCGCCCGCUCAAGAUCCGCCGUGCGCGGCCGGACUCCGCCGAGGCCGCGGACACAGCACCGGUCGCGCGGCUGUACGUCGGAGGACUCGCGGCCACAGUGGACGCGCAGCAGUUGGCGCGCGUGUUCGGGAAAUUCGGCGCACUGUACCGCCCGCCCACAGUGCACCCCGCGGGGGAGGCGGGCCGCCGCUACGCCCUGGUGGAGUUCAGGUCGUACGGGGACGCGGACGCCGCCCUGGACGCGCUGGCGGGGGCCACGCUCGCGGGCGGGCGCGUCAGUGUGGCGUACGCUCGGCGUGGGGCGGGCGGCAGGGGCCCUCCGUUCGGGUCCCAGGCGGACCGCCACCUGAACGCNGAAGCGCGCCGCAACGGGCGUCUGUGA